AUGUCAGCUGCCAUUCCUGACUUUGGGCUUCUCCAGCGUGAAUUGAGUCUGCUAAACCUGGUCGUAUGUGGUGUCCUAGCGUAUGUGCUCUGGCGCCUCUGGCGAUUCACCGUCCGCCCUUUCUUCGACCCGAACUCGCCGAGGGAAGUCCCAUAUGUAAUCCCAUUUGCUGGCCAUGCAAUCUCGAUGAUAAGGAACCCUCAUGAUCUACUAUCAUUCGCAAUCAAGUACUGCAAGGGCAGUGGAGAACCAGUCGCUAUCAAUGUAUUCGGACAGACGAUUUACUUCAUCCUCUCCGAGCAGGAUGCCACUGCGGUAUUGAGAGAACCACCACAACUAUCACAUAAGGAGCACCUCAAGAGCCUCCUAAUGGGCCUUGGGUGUUCGGAAUCAGGGAUCUCGGAGAUGGAUCAUGAUUCCCAACCGAAGGCACCAGCAUUAGUCCUGGUAGCGGAGGAGUUCAUGAGGAAGCAGCUCCUGGAAAAGUCCUUAAGCACUGAGCUACUCGCUCGGUCCCUGGAGGUCCUGGAAUCCCAUGUUCGAUGGGAUGCAAUCAACGCCCCGACUCUCCUCCGGACCUCGGACGAGCAGGAGCGAACUGUCUCGUUAUAUAGGUGGGCGCAGACCGCGAUCAUUCGCGCAGUUACAACGGCCUGGUUUGGAGGUUCCAUCUGGAGCCUCUCACCGUGUAUCGUGGAAGAUCUGGUGUGUCUCGAAAUGGACCUGUGGAAGCUGCUCUUCAAGUUACCACGGCCAUGCGGCAAAAAGGUUCGUGCUGCUAGGGUCCGGAUGCGACGCUGUUUAAUAGAAUACAUGCGUCUACCCCCAUCUAGUCAGGGCGACCAAUGUUGGGCUGUCAGAAGCGCUAUACCAGAGAUGAGACGCCGUGGGCUGAGCGAGGAUGAUAUGGCUUCGUAUUUGCUGAUGGUUCUGUGGGGGUGA